CUCCAUACCUGACGAGGUACCACACAGUGUGCCAGUAAUUAGCUGGUAACCUGGUGUACUUCGACUGUUAGUGGUUCGUCUUCACUGAUACUCUCCAGAAUCUCUACCGAAGAUGAGCUGAUGUACAUCUCCCGCAGCAUUGCUACAACUUCAAAACUGUCAUUGACCGUGUCUCAAGUUCUCCCUGCAUCUUUUCGUAACCAUGAAUAAUAGUGGCUUAUUCAUUUUCCACAGUUCCAAUCCACUCUCUACCUUACCCAACCUCACGAACCACAUAAUUACUCGCAAGGAUUCAUAUCCGCAGCAGGGAGCAUUUGGCAGUGUGUGUCAAUGUGUUUGGCGCCCCGACCUGUCCACGGAACUUGAGGUCGCAGUAAAGACUAUACGCGUGCCUCCUGAGAGGAGAAAUGAAAUCGUACAUCAGGAUUUAAUCACAUGGAGACGAUUGAACCACGAAAAUAUAGUUCGUAUUUUUGGAGUCGCAUCGGGAUUUGGCCAUCCGACCAAGUCCAUUCCCUUGGUGUCCACUUGGUCUCCAAAUGGGACGCUUACUACUUUUCUUGCUAGUCAGCAUGAUACAUUUAACCACAGACAACAGUUGGAGCUUGUAAUGCAUACAUCUCAGGUGGUGCACGGUAACCUUUCAAGCAAUAAUGUGCUGAUUGAUAGCCGGGGCAAAGCACGCCUCACUGACUUUGGUCUGUCCACCGUAUGUGGUGGCUUAGCACAAUGUGCUGUGUAUAUCGGAUCCCCUGGAGCUAUCCGUUGGGCUGCUCCGGAGCUCAUCAUUGGCGUUGGCCAGCAUUCUACCUUUGAAAGCGACAUAUAUUCCUUUGGCAGUAUUAUGCUACAGACCGGCCGAGCACCUAUUAUCAAAAAACUUACCGACAGGCAAAUUCCAAGACGACCCUCGAGUGUCUCUCAAAACCAUUGGGCUUUCAUUCGGAGGUGUUGGUUGCCGAGUCCAUCCUCUCGUCCAUCUACCUCCCAAAUUGACGACUUUCUGAAGAACCCCCAAACACAUGUUUGGCGCAGCCCUGAUUCAACCUUUUGUCAUGCUGUAGGAUCCAUGAUUCGCUGGAUUACCACACGGAUCGCUAGUCUAGCCCUUUAUCGCCAAACGGAGCCCAGAAGUGAUAGAGCCCCCCAACUUUUGAACAACACUGCAACUAACCCCGCAGCCAUACGCAGGAAUAUUGAGCCAAGCAGUAAUCAAGACGUUUUAAUUCUGAACGAAUAUACAAUCUCCGAUGCGUUCGUUUACGACGACACCAGGAACAAAGAUUUUGAUGUUGAGACGAAUAGUGCCAACACAUCCACGCGUCCUAACUUGGAAAAAAAGGCUAAGCCCCAGGCUUUUGAGGGCGAUCUUGUUAACCAGAUUAUUCGACUUCAUGAUUUUGCGGUAUCAACCGGAGGGUUUCGUGACAUCUGGCGCUGUGACCACCAUUGCGCUGGUUCAGGGAAAGUACAGGUAGCUGUUCAGGUGAUACAUCUCGACUCCGCACAACCUGAGUUGCGAACGAAGCUACUUCGGCGGCAUCAAAAGUGGCUCAAACUUGAGCAAAGAAAUCUUGUUCGCUUCUUUGGCCUGACCUCCAGUUUCGGUGUCUUUCCUGCCUUGGUCACCGCAUGGAUGAGACAGGGAACUCUAACCAAAUACUUGGACAAACAAUACCCGUUUCUUUCGAUGUUGUCCAAGUUGUCCCUUGUUCGUGUUUUGGUAACAGCCAUCCUGCUCCACUCCCAAAAUAUCGUGCACGGUCAUUUAACUGGCUUCAAUGUGUUGAUUGACGAGAGCGGAAGGGCUUGUUUAUCCGAUUAUGACCUUGCGGACUUGCUUGUUUCACAUUAUUCAGUGGUUCAAGAGCCAAGAUGGACCGAUCCCGAGUUGAUCUGCGGGGAUACGUCCCAACUACCCGCGGUGUCAGCUGAUAUCUAUGCCUUUGGUUGUAUUAUGCUUCAAAUACUGGUAAGGAAAUUGCCCUAUUGGUGGAUCCGGAACUCCCAUGUGGUCUUGGCAAAGUACGAGAAACAGCUGCCGAUGCAGGAUGACCCCGACGUUCCCAAGCUCGAAGAAUGCCACAAAGAAUUUCUUAAACGAUGCUGGGCCCCCACUCACUCCCGCGCAUCGAGCGCUGAAGUAGCUGAAUUUGUGACUGCUCAGCUCCGCGCAUUGGAUGAGUCAUAGCAUCGGUGAUCGCUCCUUUGAAUAGCGGCAUAACAGAGUUUGCUUGGUUUUUUAUCCAGUUAAUACUUUUCGAGUAAUGAGCCAGAUGGCACCGAGCGUGCAGAUGAGCGGCGAACUCCCAUUUUCUACGCACUCGUUUACUCGUUGUCUCUCUCGAAUCCCAUAGUUUAGCAGCUUAUUUUAUUUCUGUCCCCAUCCUAUUUCAUUUCGUUUUCGCCAUACGAACUACCAUUAUUCUCAGCCAUUGGUGACUGCAGUCGCGUUCACAUUUUCAUUCACUCUCUCUCUAGCCGUCCAAGCUGGAUUCUUGUAAUUGGUAUCACGCAUAUGCUUAAUUGUGUUAUUUAUAUAUUGCAGACAUACCUUUGUCGAGAAUAUAAGUAGAUCAUACUCGGCUCAUAGGGUACUCGUGUCGCCUUCUCAGAUGUGUCCCUACUAUUUCAUGC